GCUUCCUCAUUGGAAGAUGCAUUUAAUGUUUGACCCAACCAAACCAAAGUCGAUCUCUUCUUCCAUCCAAAUUUGGCGAGCAAUCGGCAAUGGGACUCGUCUUGUUCGCGUUCGCAGGCGUUGGCUUCAUUCUCAUCGGCACACACGAAGCCAUUAAUCAGUCAAAGAAAAGGCCUUCCGCACUCUUCUUCAUCUCUCUCGUAACAUUCUCUUCCUUCUUCAUCAUUAACUCCGCCGUGUCACUCCUCGACGCUCACAACUCAAACGACGCCGUCGGCACGGCCCUUCAGCUGCAGGUUCUAUCCAUAGCUUUGAUUUUCCUCUUCUACUCCGUUCUGCCUCUCCUUCAGACGCUUCCCUCCGCGUUGGUGGGUCUGGUUGCCGCUUUCGCUUUGGCGGAAGAGUUUCUGUUGUUCUAUCUUCAGAGAAAAGAUUCGAACGGGGUGGAGAACCGUUACUACGACCUCCUGCUCGUCCCCAUCGCCAUUUGCAUCUUCUGCACCCUCCUCCAAUUGAAAUCUCCCCACUCUAAUAUUCCCAAGUUGGGCCGUGGGCUGGGCCUCAUUCUCCAAGGAACAUGGUUUAUCCAAAUAGGCUUCUCUUUAUUCUCGGGCUGGGUGGCUCAGGGAUGCUCUUUGCACCGAGCCAGUAGGGGGAACUACACGCUGAGGUGCAAGGGACACCCCGAGUAUCACAGGGCUAAGGCUAUUGCCACGCUCCAGUUCAAUUGCCACCUCGCUCUCUUCGUCCUCCUCCUCGUUGCUUUCUUCUCCUUCUUUUCUCCCACCAACGGAGUCCCUCUCGAUCAUACCACCAGGUAUGCGCCACUCGGAGCUGAAUUGCAAUCUUUUCAGGAUUCAGCCAACUUCACUCUCGAUUCUGAUGAUGGUGAUGACGAAGAGCAGAUUCAUCAUGCCAGUGACGCCACCCAGAAGGCAAUUGUUGUCCAACAUGCUGCCAAUGCCAAUGGUAAUGUUAAUGCCUCUCACCACUGAGUCAUGUGCUCUCGUUUCAUUCAAUGCUAGUGCUAUUACUCCAUGCUGUCAUUGCCUUCUCCUGUUUUGUUAUGUUAGGAGAACACAAAUUUUCACUUUGUAUAAAGGGAAAUAUUGGUCUGGUCCUAUUCAUUUCUUAGUUUGGUUUUGAUUCCUUGUUACCUAAAAUUAUAAUAUGCCCUUAAACUGCUUCAAAUGGAAAGGAAUUAUGUGAUUCGCUUUAGUUGUAAUUCAAAGUUCUUUUUAGAUUAUUGUGCAAUGGUUAGCUACAAUAUAUAUAGCCUGUGUGUCUCAGUUGGUUCAUAUUUCACUUCGAAAAUUUCGA